ACUACCUUAGCAUACAGUGCCUGUCAUUACUGUAUUGUGCAUGGCUUCUGUUGGUAAGAAUAAAAAGAGGUCGCCAAGCAAGUCUCAAACAGGUAGAUCAUUAAAUGGUUUGAAGAGUUCGCUAUCGUAAUUCACACUUCGGUUCAUGAUGGAGAUGGAGGAUGGCAGACCUUUGUACGAGCUGAGGUUUGACGCCGCUGUCAAAGUGAUACAAAGCUUGCCUCCAGACGGUUCCUUUCAGCCCUCUAAUGACAUGAUGCUCAAGUUUUACAGUUACUACAAACAAGCCACACUUGGACCCUGCAACAUACCCAGACCUGGCUUUUGGGAUCCGGUGGGAAAAGUGAAAUGGGAUGCAUGGAGUGAUCUGGGAGAUAUGCCCAAGGAAGAGGCUAUGACCGCUUACGUUGAUGAAAUGAAGCUGAUCCUUGAGGGCAUGCCCUGUACAGAUGAGGUAGAGCAGCUUCUAAAGGUGCUGGGCCCGUUCUACGAACAGGUGGAAGAGAAAAAGCAGAUACAUCAGGUGUCAGACCUGUCCGCAGGUUUUGGAACCAUGCUAACAUCAGCACCUUCAAAAAGUGUCACAAAGAGCCUCAUUAGGACAAUGGAAAUGAAUGGCACUUUGGAGACACGGCAACCCAGACAGGCUGUUGAACCUCCGAAGCCCAAAGUCAUGGCACUGAAGGAACAGGGGGAGGAAGAGGAGUUUGAGUUUGAUGAGGAAGAUGAGAUGGAGGAUAGAAAAUUAGAAAUUGUUGAGAUAAAAGAGGUGAAAAAAGCCUCAGCCCCACAGCCGAAGAAAAAUGGCUCAUCCAGGAGACCUAAAGUACCCCUGUCCAAUGGUAAUGUGUGGAAUGGAGUGGGCCACCUCCCCAAUGGGACCCAUACCUCCAAGGCUGCCCUGAACAGUGAGGACUCAGAGGAGGGCCUCACCAACAGCACCCUGCCCUUGGAGCCCCAUGUCCAGGUCAACGGCCACCACGCAGAUCUCGACGCGGAUGUAUUCAGGCCCUAUCGCGCGGCCAGUGACUCAGACAGCGAGGUCUACUGCGACUCCAUGGACCAGUUUGGCCUGGAAGAGGGCUCUGAGGCACAAACUGACCGCUGUCUGGAGCUGGAUGAGGAGCAUGGGGAAAAGGGGGAGAGUAGUGGAGGGGCCAGUGUGGCGGGCAUCCAGUGUGGCGCGGAGGAUGGGGAGACUUGUGGAGGGGCCUCUCAGAGACAAAGACUGAAUGCAGGCAGGCCCAAUAGCUCCCUGGUCAGGAGAGAACGAGGUUCUAGGUCUUCAGGGCACAGUCCAGGUGCCCAGAAGGCCUUGCAGGGUAGGGGGGACGGGGAGCGGUGGGGGGGCGCGGGGACACCAGGAGGCAGUCUGAAUGAACAGAUUGUAGUGGCGCUGGCUAGACUGCAGGAAGACAUGCAACGUGUCCUGGAGAGACUGCACACACUGGAAGCCCUCACUGCAUCCCAGUCAAGGUCAUCGGUUCAACCAUAUCCACCAUCACCCCUGGCAAAGAAUAGUAAGAAACCAUCCUGGUGGCCUUUCGACGUGUCUCCCAGCACUGUAGCCUUUGCUGUUGUGUGGCCAUUUUUGGUGCAGUGGCUUAUCCGCCAAUAUCUUCAACGUAGGAGAAGACGAAUCAAUUGAAAAAUCUCCCAGCCCAAACACACAAAGUGACGAGGAGAAGAUUCUCAGCAGUCUUUGGUUUGUUCCGGUACCUCCUUUAUGCUUUCCCCCACACCUCUGU